CUCGGAAAAGUUCCUGAACAUUGAAAAGUACCUACACCUGCUGUGGCAUGCGCUGAGCUCCCCUCCCCCCAGCGCCCGCGCAAGACACACGGAUUGCAGAGCUGUCACCAUGGAUCCAUCACAGGAUUUUAAGGCUCUGCGAGAAGGCGUUCAAGCUGCGCUGGUGACAGUCACGCGAUCGGUGAAUGGGCUAGCCAGCGAGGACCUUCACUUUCAGCGGACAGUACAUCCACCGGUUGCGCGCCGGCUUGACCAGCAGACAGAUCGCUUGCUGCAGUUGGCAAGUGGUCUCCUCAAAUCGGCUGGGAAACUGACCGGCCAGCAAACAAGUCAGCUGGAGGAUGUCGACGACAUCGAGAUACAGUGGAGACCCGUGGUGGAUGUUAUCGACUCGCUGUUGGAGAAAGCCGACACCUGCCUCGACGAGUACACCGGCUUGGUCAAGCGAAAGGACGCGCCAACGUAUGACUCCGGCCGUGAUGCUAAACGUUCGAAGCCAACUUCCGACAGACUGGAAUGGUCCCUGAAGCGUGCAAACAUUCUCAAGCCCCAAAAUGCCUUCGAGAGGAAGAUCGACAACCUCGAUCCUGAGCCAUGGAAGCCCUUGUUAACAAACAAGCCUCACGCCAAAGUACCCCUAGAGGAGAGUUUGACGACCUUUGCGGACCCGAAUCAGAACUUGCAAUAUAAGCACCCUUAUGAACCCGAGAUUCUCAGCAUGCAGUAUCCCAAGGAAGUUUUCGAGCCCUGCGAGCCAGUCAAGUAUCUCCCAAUCGAGUCAAAAAAGGCUGUCUGGGUCGAUACCUACGAAGGCGUCUUGGAAAUGCUAGAAGAGCUGAAGAAGGCAACCGAGAUCGCAGUUGACCUGGAACACCAUGAUUACAGGUCGUACCAGGGCCUUCUGUCCUUAAUGCAGAUCAGCACAAGGGAAAAAGAUUGGAUAAUCGACACCCUGGUACCUUGGAGACACAAGCUUGAGGUCCUCAACGAUGUCUUUGCCGAUCCAAAAAUCGUCAAAGUACUUCACGGCGCCUUCAUGGACGUCAUCUGGCUUCAGCGGGAUCUCGGUCUGUAUCUAGUGGGGCUUUUUGAUACAUAUUAUGCCUGCGACGCCCUCAACUAUCCAGGCAAGAGCCUGGCCUUCCUUCUAAAGAAGUUCGCCGACUUUGAUGCGGACAAGAAGUACCAACUGGCAGACUGGCGGAUCCGGCCGCUCCCGGACGAGAUGUUCUACUAUGCGCGGUCCGACACACAUUAUCUGCUCUACAUCUACGACAUGCUGCGCAACGAGCUGGCCGAGCUUGGGAAGUACCACCCUAACGGAAAGCCCAUCGAUCGGGUUCUUGCAAAGUCCCGAGAGGUGGCUUUGCAGCGCUAUGAGUACCCUCUUUGUGACCUCGAAAUGGGCGCCGGCAGCCGUGGAUGGUUCAAUACGUUGGUCAAAGCACCGACACUUUACAACGGUGAGCAAUUUGCAGUAUACAAAGCCGUGCACAAGUGGCGCGACGAUCUAGCCCGCCGCGAGGACGAGAGCCCGUACUUUUUCAUGACUCAACAAGUGCUCUCGGAUAUCGCGCGCAUCAUACCAACUGACAAGAAGGCUUUAUGGACCCUUCUUGACUCACAAGCUCGCGGUCUCAAGGCUCACCUCGACUCUCUGUUCGACGUCAUCCAAGAGGCCAAAGCCAAGGGGGCAAAUGGCCCGACUAUGUUGCAGUUCUUUGAGCAGUCAUCUACUGCUGCGGCCGGUCAGACCCCGUUAGGAGACUCCUCAGCUAAAGUCAGCGUACACGUGGACGGCGAGCCCCUGAGCAUCCAGGAACUGAAGAGCGAGCAUUCCCAGUUAUGGGGCAGCAUGGCUCUCAGCUCGGCUUGGGAUGGGUCCAUACGGACUGAUACCCUGGAUGAGCAGGUGGAGAUUCCGUUCCCCUACUCCGAGGUCACCUUCAGUAUCCUCGGUGCAGAGGAGGAAAUUCAACCGUCUCAGAAAGUCGCAGAGGAGCCCGAUGCGGCAGCCACAUCCGCUAGGGAGGAGGAGCCCGAGUUCACGCUCAAGGGCGGACGGAAGCGCAAAGCCAGAGAAGCUGAGCUCGAGCCCGAGUCGGAGCCGGAGUCGGAACCGGGGCAGCAGCAACCCAGUUCUGGCGGUGACGCUUCCGAACGGGAUGACGCGGAAAUGGGCGGAACUUCGGCGGCUGCAAGUCCGUCCGCGAGCGACGACAAGGCCUCCGAUGAAGCCCACAAAAAGCCGAAACAGAAGCUGAUUAGAGAGGAACUGGAGGCCCUGCGCAAGCAGGGCAAAGAAGCUGGGAGGGAACUGAUUCGACUCAAGCGAGAGGAGAGGGCUGCCAAGAAGGCCGCUUGCGAGCAGAAAAGGCUGGAGAAGCAGCAGAAGAAACAGCAGAAGCAGCAGCAACAGCAGGCGUCAGGCGCGUCUGUUGAGGAGGGAGAGCAGCAGUUUGACUACAGCAAGGCCCAGUCUGUCUUGCACGCGCCCAGGGAUGCUGGUGGUGGUGGUGGUGGUGGUGGUGCCGCCAACGGCACCAAGGGCCGCAAGGCCGCCUUUGAUCCAUACACGAAAAAGUCCGGUGAUGCGCCACAGGGCGCCAGGAAGAUGAAUUAUGAAAAAGGCGGACGGACGGCCACUUUUAAGAGCUGAGGCGCCCAACGCAUAUCAUCCUUGCGUCAAGCCUCACUCGGGGAUCACUACCUGUACUUUUCUGUCACGGUUACCCUAUGUACUGGAUAGAAUCACUCUCUGGGAUGGGAUAGAUACCCCUCGAAAGGAGAAAGGCUCAGGCCUUGCCAUUUUACAUAGGAACCUAGUAUUGAUUCAGACAUGAAGGAACAUGACUGGCGUAGUUAUUCUAAUC